CGAUCACAAGAGCAAACGUCGAUCGAUUGUUACGGAUACUUUAGAAGCGAACAACGUUCUACGAUACGUUACGUACGCGUUUGAACAAUGUCUGUACCGGUUUGUUAGGAGUAUUCCUAAUUUUCGGAAUAAAAAUUACGAAGGAAAUACGCAAGAAGGAGUGGAAAAUAUCGUACGCAGCAUGUUUAGACCAUCGCGGACAGUCAGAGGUUGACUACGGCCCUGAGAUCGCCAUGGUGUUAAAUUACCUGGGAAUUAUCGCUACUUCAUAAGCAGUUAAAUCGUGACCAUCGGGACAGAAGGUGCUGAGCUAUCCGUACGUGCUGAAUCAAAGGGGUGUAUGUAUUCGUUUCGACCGCGAUCUACGAACAUGCCGGUCAGUCGACUUAGGAAAAUUAUACUUGUACUCCUGGUCAGCUUGCAGCCGAUCCCUGGUCAUGUUAGGAAUCAGUCAGCUAUUAUAAAAGUCCAACUGUACAACGAGAACGAACGACCUCAUAUUAGCAAAACUACGCCUCCGACUCUAUUCCAAAACAACAACAACAACAACAACAACAACAACAACAACAACAACAACAAUAACGACGUUUACGAGGAGAAAGAACGUUAUGUUAGCAAAAUUCCACGGCCACCGUAUGUACCGGAGUGCGGUCCCGAGUGUUGGAGGUGCGAGUAUCAGGACGAGUUCUUAACCCUUAAAUUGGCGCGCAUGGGCUUGAAGAGGAUCGGUGACAAUUUCAUUGAUAGCUCGAGGGUGAUCGAAUUGCAUCUUCAAGACAACAAUAUCACGGAGAUCUCGAAUAACGCGUUCGACAACCUCCCUAACUUGAAGCUGUUGAAUCUUUCCGGCAACAACGUCUCUGCCGAUCGGCUGCUGUGGUUUGGCAAACUCAAUGCCCUGCGAACGCUCAUCGUGGACGACAACAAGCGCAGCGGAAGCGUGGAAAAGAUCUUUCAUCCGUUGCCGAAUCUGCGGGAACUAUCUCUGAAGAGAAACAGAAUUUAUCGACUAACCGUCAAUUUAAGAGCGUUCGCGCCACAGUUGACGCAUCUCUACCUGCCCGGAAAUAAAAUCGAGUCGUUGGACUUUGUUCGCGAGCUGCCCGAUACUCUGCUCCAUCUGUAUCUGGACGACAAUUUGAUCGCGAAUCUCGAAUCGGGCAUACCAAAGAACAUCGUGGAGCUCUCUGUUAGCGGGAAUAAGAUCAAAGAGUUGUGCUCCGACGCAUGCAAGUAUAGCAGCUCUUCUUUGUCGUUGACAAAUGCGAUCAUGUUGUCGAAACUGAACGCGUCUCGCAAUAGCAACAUCGAGAUCGCGAACGAUACGUUCCAAAACGCGAAACGUCUCGUCACCUUGGACCUGUCGCACAACAAAUUACACAGAUUAUCGAACGACCUCUUUCACCGGAUGUCGUGGCUCGAGGAACUCUUUUUGAGUCACAAUAACUUUACCACGAUACCGAACAUCUGCUCGCUGUAUCGUAUAAAACGAUUGGAUUUGACCGGCAACCAAAUCGUGACCAUUACGAAUGAUAAUUUCUGCUCGCAUGCCCUCCAUUUGGACACGCUUCUUCUGGCCAACAAUCACAUCCUCGACCUGGACAGCAACGCGUUCGCGAAUCUCAAUUCGUUGACAAAGUUGGACCUGUCCGACAAUUUAAUCAUCGAUUUUCCCGCCGGGCUGAUCACGAUACUAAAAUAUCUCGAGGUCUUUAUGAUACGGAAUAACAGAAUCGUAAAUCUUGACAACUUCAGCUUUGCAAACUCGAACGUGCUGCGGGAGUUGCACCUUCAACGGAACCCGUUGCUGUACGUCACAUUUAAUUUGCUUAAUAAAGCAUACUUGCCGAAUCUCGUGAUACAUUUGAACGAUCUGCCGCAAAACAACGAGGACGACCGCAAGGACGACAACGAGGACGACAACGACGACGACAACGAGGACGACAGCGAGGACGACAGCGAGAACAGCAUCGAAGAUUAAACAAACUCGAUAUUCAAAUGAUAGCAUUUCUCAAGAUCGAUUUCGUUUUACCUCUUUCAACGUAAGGAAAUUUCGAUGAAGGAAGAAAAUUGAAUCGAACAUCGUUACUAUAUAAAUUACUCCGAUCGACGAACAAUUUUAUCAAUUAUAAUAUUGUAAGAAUAUUAAACGAAUAC